AUGCAGGCAAUAGCAACUCCUAUGACUCAGGCCAUGAAAGAAUGGACCAAAAUAUUUCCAAAAAAUAUGACUGAAAACUAUACCAGCUCAGUAACAUUUAUGAAACAGCUUACAGUGGUGGCUAUUAGCACAAUAACAUAUUUGAAAAAUUUUCCGGACGAUAGUUACACGCUGGAACAGUUCGCUGGGCUAAAACUUAGAAUUUUGAAGAAAAAGUGUAGGGAUGAGUUUGCCGAUUUUAUCAGCACAGCUCUAACGCAAGCUUUUGAGGCCUUUGAUAAAAAAUAUUUACACCAACUAGCGCUAUGUUUCUACAAAGACGAAUUCACAACGGAAAAUCUGUUAGAGUAUUACAUCUUCGAGUAUUCUUACAACAAAGAUGGGGUGUCCAUGAGUGUCCAUUCAAAAACUCGGGACAGCGAGCGGAAAACAAGCAAAUUCACUUUCGAUAAUGUCCGAGACAGGACUGUCCAGUUGAUUCGAGCUUGCAUGGUCAUCAUGCAGACAACGCAGCAUAAUUCCAUUGAGUUUUGCGACGUCAGCUUAAGGCUCUAUUAUAAUGAAGACGCGCCUCCAGGUUACAACGUAUCAGGGUUCACAGCCGCGGGUCCAUCGGAAGACCACAUCGGCGAGACCAUAGAGCAGGCCAUAAAGCUUGGCAGCGUGGAGACGCCGUACCAUAGAGUGAUGGCCAGCUCCUUUGUGAGAGACAGCCUGCUUGCCAGCCACGAGGCUAUCCCAUCCCAGAACGCACCAAUGAUGACGCAAAAUGACGAUGACGAUUUUGAAGAAGAGGCGAACGCUUGGAGCGAGAGCCGGGUACGAUGUCCGUGCAACAAACGAGACGAGAACGUGUUGAUGCUGACGUGCUUCUAUUGCAACACUCGCCAACACGCGGAGUGUUUCGGCGUGAGGAGCCCCCGCGCGGCGGCGCACUGCUGCGAGCGCUGCGCGGGCGCGGGCCGCCAGCGGAGCCCUACGGACGGACAGCUGGCCGAGCUGCCGCCCAGGAAGAGGGAGUGUCUGUGCAUAUUCCGUCGCGCGCUUAUGUACCUGACUCGAGUAUCGGAAGUGACGGCGGAGAGUGUUGCCAGCCAUCUCGGCAUCACCAGUCUCAACAUGGCGAAGCUGAUGAAACUGCUUUAUUUCCACGGUAUCUUGCUUGACGGACGAGAUUCCGAGGCACCAAAAAAGGUUCUCACAGAGAAGUUAAACGCAGUCAUAAGUAAAUAUUUUCAAACAUCAGAAAACAACAUUGUAGAUCGGCUCUUAGCCGAAACUUUCGCGUCACAAGAAAGUACACCCGAUCCAAUUGGGGACGUACUAGAACCUUUAGAGAAAGUAUCCCUUCAAAACACCGACACUCUCGGUCGGGUUAUAGACAAUGUCGCGCGAUCCCCCGUCGUCGAAGAUUCGACUUUAUUGCAAUACAGAGAAGCCGUAUUAUCGAAUUAUCAGCGCGACGAAGAAUUACCUCUAAGCGGAUCACAUAAUCCGGUUAAGGAUAUGGAGAAUUUGGGUAAGAAAUUGGGAAAGAGGAAGACUGAUGAUGGAGACAGGCCCAAUUUGAGGUCAGCGAGUCUCAAAACUAAGAGAGCCAAGUUAAGGGCGUAAGAUCGCUGUCUCAUGUAGACUGUAUCUGUAAGAAAAGAAUAGCGAUAU